AUGGUAAUGGCAGAGAUCGGUGGCCCAUUGGCACACCAACUUCCCUUGCACAACCAUAGAGGUGGCCUGGUGCAGCCGUCGCUGGUUAUGAACCAUCACCUGGACCCGCUGGACAGUAGCGGUUGCCAUGGGGAAGACGUAAUAAAAAAGGAGCGCCUCUCGCUUUGCGUCGGAUGCGGUGGGCAGAUCCACGACCAGUACAUCCUGCGUGUGGCCCCGGACCUCGAGUGGCACGCGGCCUGCCUCAAGUGCCAGGAGUGUCGCCAGUUCCUGGACGAAAGCUGUACCUGUUUCGUGCGGGAUGGCAAGACCUACUGCAAGCGGGACUACGUUAGAUUAUUCGGUACCAAAUGUGAUAAGUGCGGUAGCUCGUUCAGCAAGAACGAUUUCGUGAUGCGCGCCAAAACGAAAAUCUACCACAUAGAAUGCUUUCGCUGUUCAGCCUGCGCCCGCCAACUAAUACCAGGGGAUGAGUUUGCGCUCCGGGACGGCGGAUCGCUGUACUGCAAGGAGGAUCACGAUCACCUGGAGAAAACGUCACAGAAUGGCCUCAUACCGGGCGUCGAGCCCAACAACAACAUCAGCGGCAACGCCAACGCCAACAACAACAAUAUCAGCAGCACCAACAACAACAACAACAGCAGCCUAAGCAAUAACAAUCACUCGAGCGAGCUGGGAUCGAUGUCAGAUUCGGGCAGCGAGUCGGGAUCUCAUAAAAGUUUGCGCGGCAAAGGACCAUCCGGACCGUCGGACGGGAAGCCGACGCGGGUGCGGACAGUGCUGAACGAGAAACAGCUGCACACGCUCCGCACCUGCUACAACGCGAACCCGCGGCCGGACGCACUGAUGAAGGAGCAGCUGGUCGAGAUGACCGGUCUGUCACCGCGGGUCAUACGGGUCUGGUUCCAGAACAAGCGCUGCAAGGACAAGAAGAAGACGAUCCAGAUGAAGCUGCAGAUGCAGCAGGAGAAGGAAGGCCGCAAGCUGGGCUACAGCAUGCAGGGCAUACCGAUGGUGGCCAGUUCGCCCGUGCGGCACGAUUCCCCGCUCAAUCUGCACGGUCUGGAGGUGACCGCCUACCAGCCCCCGUGGAAGGCCCUGUCCGACUUUGCGCUGCACUCCGACCUCGACAGUAACGGUGCGAUCAACACGCACACGCCCGCGUUCCAGCACUUAGUCAAUCAGAUGCAUGGAUAUGACGUUGGCAAUGGCGCAGGUGGACCGGGCGGUGGCCCCGGCGGCAUGCCGCCAAUGCCCGGAGGCCCGGGCCAAGGACCGCCGCUAGGCUCGCACAUGGAUCUCAGCGGGCACCACCACCCGGACAGUACGGACUCGUACGUCACGUACCUGGAGAGUGACGACAGUAUGCAAGGCAGCCCCUAA